AUGAAUCCUAAUGCCUAUCCCGAUGAGGUAGGGUUGAGAGGGACACAGGGUCUCCCAGGAAAAGCUGGAUCCUUUGGGCCAAAAGGCAAGAAAGGUUCAGUAGGUGAAAGAGGACAAACAGGCCUUAGUGGAAGCCAAGUGAGGGAGUUGCAAGCACAACUGAAGGCCGUGCAGGCUACUGUCAGCAAAGCCCAGAAAGUCCUGCUUUUCCCAAAUGGCAUGACUGUCAGUGAAAAAAUAUUCAAAACUGAGAGCUCCGAAGGCAAUUUUGAGACUUCAAAAGCUGCAUGUUCCAAAGCUGGUGGCCUUCUUGCUUCUCCAAGGAAUUCUGCAGAGAACAGCGCCAUCCAACAAAUAGCAGCUAGGCAUAAAAAAAUGCCAUUUCUUGGACUAAAUGACAUACAGACAGAAGGCACAUUUAAGCAUCUAAAUGGUGAAGCAUUAGGAUACUCUAACUGGGCAUCAAACAAACCAGAUAAUUCUGAAGGAAUAGAGGACUGUGUAGAAGUGCGUCCAAGUGGCAAGUGGAAUGACAAAUCCUGUGCUGAGAAACAAUUGAUAAUUUGUGAAUAUUAA